CUUCCAGUGAAGGACUAUGACCGCGCUGUCCAAUAUUACACGGACGCCAUCGCGCUCAAUCCGAAUAACGCCAUUUACUAUGGGAACCGCAGCCUGGCGUACCUCCGCACCGAGUGUUACGGCUAUGCCUUGGCCGACGCCUCCCAGGCCAUCCAGAUCGAUGCCAAAUACAUCAAAGGCUACUACCGGCGGGCCGCCAGCAACAUGGCGCUGGGCAAGCUGAAGGCGGCGCUGAAAGACUACGAGACGGUGAGCGCCCCACUUCCUGUACCCUGCCCCCGGAACCACGAGACGGACACCAUGAACCAGAUGUACGGCUUUGAGGGCGAGGUGAAAGCCAAAUACUCCACCCAGAUGUUCCAGCUCUUCAGUGAAGUGUUCCAGUGGCUGCCGCUGGCCAUGUGCGUGAACCAGCGUGUCCUGAUCAUGCACGGCGGUCUAUUCUCCGAGGACGGCGUGACGCUGGAACAGCUCCGGAACAUUGAACGCAAUCGGCAGCCGCCGGACUCAGCGGUGGUGGGAAGUUGCAGGUACCUGUAUUGGAGAGUCACCAGUGUCUGUUUCCUGUCAGGGAACCACGAGACGGACACCAUGAACCAGAUGUACGGCUUUGAGGGCGAGGUGAAAGCCAAAUACUCCACCCAGAUGUUCCAGCUCUUCAGUGAAGUGUUCCAGUGGCUGCCGCUGGCCAUGUGCGUGAACCAGCGUGUCCUGAUCAUGCACGGCGGUCUAUUCUCCGAGGACGGCGUGACGCUGGAACAGCUCCGGAACAUUGAACGCAAUCGGCAGCCGCCGGACUCAGGUCCGAUGUGUGACUUGUUGUGGUCGGAUCCCCAGCCGCAGGACGGGCGCUCUCCCAGUAAACGGGGUGUCAGCUGUCAGUUCGGGCCGGACGUCACCCGCCACUUCCUAGAAGAGAACGGUCUGGAUUACAUCAUCCGCAGUCACGAGGUGAAGGCGGAAGGAUACGAAGUGACGCACAAUGGUCUCUGUGUGACCGUCUUCUCUGCUCCAAACUACUGUGACCAGAUGGGUAACAAAGGUGCAUAUAUCCAUCUCAGUGGCUCUGACCUGAAGCCCAAAUUUCACCAGUUUGAAGCUGUGCCGCACCCCAACGUCAAGCCGAUGAUGUAUGCCAACUCUCUGAUGCAGAUGGGGAUGAUGUGAGCCGGACGGUCGGGCCGCUGAGCCCAUCGGCGGAUUGCCCCGCGGGCGGACGGUGAACGUCGCAGUAUUUGCCCCGAAUCUUUCUGACGUCAGUUCGGGAAACAGAGAAUCCAGAGGAAUAUUUUUAUUACUGUAAAGGAGGAAGUGAGGCGAGCGGGAGUGUGUCUGGACGUGUGACUGUGUGUGCGUGCGUGCGAUUGUCUGUGUGCGCGUGCGUGCGAUUGUCUGUGUGCGUGGGGGGUGUCUCAGCUAGAAACGCACAAUAAUCUCGCAUCCCCCUCCGUAUAACCUGUGUGCUCCCCCUCGCUCUCCCCCACACGCGGACACCCCAAACCUCCUGCUGUCCAUUAUUUAGCUUCUAAUAAAGAUUCUGAUCACA